AUGGUCGCUGCAGAUCCACCAUUCACCCUCUACACCGUGGGCACGCCCAACGGUAUAAAGGUAUCCGCUGCUCUAGAAGAGCUUGGACUGACUUACAAGACGUACAAGAUCAACUUCAGCACCAAUGAACAAAAAGAAGAAUGGUUUUUAAAAAUCAACCCAAACGGACGUAUCCCAGCUCUUGUUGAUCACACGGCUCCUGGAGGCGACUUUGCCGUUUUCGAGUCUGGUGCCAUUCUUCAAUAUCUCGCUGACAACCAUGAUCCCGAACACAAGCUCUUGCCUGCAGAUCCAUUGAAGAGAUCAGUAGCUAUACAAUGGUUGUAUUUUCAAAUGGGUGGCGUUGGACCUAUGCAAGGACAAGCAAAUCAUUUCUCUCGAUACGCUCCUGAAAAGAUCCCAUAUGCCAUCAAGCGUUACCAAGACGAAACACGUCGUCUCUACACAGUUCUCGAACGUGGGCUUGUAGGCAAACACUGGCUCGCUGGUGAUGACUAUACCAUCGCAGAUAUUGCAAAUGCUAGCUGGGUCUUGUCUCACUUUUUCGCUGGCGUCUCAGUCGACGGUCUACCAAACUUGCAACGAUGGAUGGAAGAGGUAAAAGAACGACCGACGUUUAAGAAAGGAGCAAAUGUUCCGGAUCCAAGCAGAAUAUACAACCCACCAACCGAAGAGGAGAUGGAGGCUGGAGCUGCUGCUAGUCGUGCUUGGAUUAUGAAAUCAAUGACAUCCAAAGACCCAGCUGCAGAAAAGAAGGAAUAA